AGCAUCUGAGACAUUGGAAUGAUCUGACGGCCCAUAAUGAGUCAUUUUUAAACCUGCAUCUUUCACUCUUUUAUCUCCAGUCAAACGCCAACAUUUGAAUCUCCAUCUCCGCAGUCACCCUCCGUUCCAUUUCCGGUGAAAAGCAUCUCUGCCGUCACCCUCCGCUCCAUUUCCGCUUCCAUAAUGGCUUCAUUUGUUUCCACCGAUUGUUUCCUUCCCGCACUUAAGUCUCAGCUUGGAUUUCUGAAUCAUGAUGCCCAAGAUCACUCUUCCGGUAGUAUUAGCGUCUCACGUCUUCAUAAAGCCCCUAAAAGCCCCUUUUUGCUUUCUUCGCGAGCUUUAGAUGUUAAACCACAGGUUCAGAGCACGGGUCGAUCAUCUUUUUCGCAGACAGCUGCUGUGAAGCAUCUGACGGGCUCUGUUACCAGGACUGAGGGACUCCGUUUUGCCGUGGUUGUUGCACGGUUUAAUGAAAUAAUCACCAGGCCGCUCUUGGAGGGAGCUUUGGGCACUUUCAAGAAUUAUUCAGUUCAAGAUGAAGACAUUGAUGUUGUGUGGGUUCCGGGUUGUUUUGAAAUUGGUGCUGUUGCAACAAGACUUGGUAAAUCAGGCAAAUAUCAUGCCAUCAUAUGCAUAGGAGCCGUGAUAAGAGGAGAUACAACUCACUAUGACGCAGUUGCUAAUUCAGCAGCAUCUGGAGUGCUUUCAGCUGGUCUAAACUCAGGUGUUCCAUGCAUAUUUGGAGUCCUAACAUGUGAGGACAUGGAUCAGGCUAUAAAUCGAGCUGGUGGAAAAUCUGGGAAUAAGGGUGCUGAAGCUGCACUGACUGCUAUUGAGAUGGCAUCUUUGUUCGAGCAUCAUCUGAAGUAGUCAUGUUUUGGAACGGUGGGCUAAUCCCUAUUUUCAUCUCCAGAAGGGUUAUGUCUUGUUCAACGGUAUUCAGAUCUUCUCAAACUACUGCAGCUUAUAAAUAAGCAGAAGAUUAGUGCUUUUUCUUCCCAUUAAUUUGAGUUUGUAUGGGCACUGUUCAGGGAUGGGAAAAAGUUUUAUGUAACAACAAAUGUAGAAUAGAAUAACAUUUCUUUCUUUCUUUUUGCUCAAAUUAGUCUAUUGUUUGUGUUUUUGUUCA